AGUGCCAUUUAAACCAUUCUGAAGAUGACCACUUCACUAUAAUGGUCUUGAAAUUGAGGAGAGCUUAUGGAAACUGUCAGUGUGUAGUGUGGUGUUAAUGUUUUGGAUUCAGACUAGUGAUUACUAUUUUAUAAUCAUUGUUUAAAAUGCUUGAAAUCAGAAUAGAAAUGAAUUUGCCGAUCGAAAUUAUGCUUGUUAUGGAGGAACUGGAAGUAAAGAAUAGCAACCUGCUGCUCUGGAAGCUAAGAACUUUGUCCUCCAGCCAGACUGACUCAUUAAUGUACAAACCAAGAGAAAAACAGAGGUUGAGAAAAUUCUGGCACGCAAAAACCAUAUUAAAAAAGCCACCAGUUUUGAUUCGACUGCCAUCUUGUAUUUUGGCAUCCAGACCUGCAUAAGCUGAAGAUUUCCUGUGGAAAACUCGCCAGCUUUAAUUGACAAUAAUAAACCUAAAUUUACUCAAAGGCACACUGAUCUGACCUUGGUCGAACGUCAUCGUUUGUUCUGAUCUUGCUGGUGGAUCAUGGUGUAUAUCCACGUGACGCAUAUUACUGCUCUGCUAUCAUCUUGUGUAUCCUUUGGCCUCAUAAUAUGGAGUCGCAGAUGGGAUGGAGAAGUCGGUGUAUUGUGUUUGUUUUGCUGGACCUUCAGCUUCAUCGGCUCUCUUUUGAGCCUACUGAUGGAGAUUUUCGCGUUCCACAAAAGUGUCAGGCCAUUAUUCUGGCGCAACAUUCUCACGACCAUCUCCAGUUAUGCAGCGUUGUUCUGUCUUAAUGCGUCCAUCAUCUUUCCACACUACUUUCUAAAAGGCCAAGAGGACAACGAGUUCUACAGCCACUGCAUAGUGGCCGAGAUCUUCUCAUGCAUAGCUACACUGGGGCACCUUGCAGAAGUUUGGAUUAUGUGGAUUAAGUCAAAAUGCUAUAUGGCAACUGGACCAGGUCUGCUACAGGUGUCUCAAACGUACAUAGCAAGCACCAUAUUUUUCUUCCUCGUCAAUGCUGUGUCAUUCAAAGACCACCCAGCUGUGAUAUGGAGCUUGGCUGUGUAUUGCAUGUGCUUCAUCUGCACAUUUGCCAGCAUCAUAUGCUGUGCAUUUCAGAACAAACACAAUCGAAUAUGGCUAAAAGGAUUCAACCUGCUUGCUGCUGUCAUGUACCUGAGUGCCUCCUGGCCUGUAUUCCAACUCAGCCAAGAUCUGGGUCAAAUCGUCGGCCCUGGGUCAUGCCAAGAUGACCUGGGACUAUGGCCUGAGACUAGAUUGCUAGUAGUGGUUGCGCUAACUGCCCUUAACUUCCUGCUUUACUUGCUCAGUGUAUGCUGUUGCUGCAUGUUACCUUCCAGUGGUGAUGAUGAUGAAGAAGAAAAAGAGCACAGGACAAGCACCUCUGACCCCUGUCCCACACAAAUGUCAGAUGAAACAUGGGCAGUUUUGCCAGUAGCACAGACCAGAGAUCUACAACAACACAACACGACAAGCAACAAGCUGAUCCUGAGCAGGACAGAUCUAAGAAUCGAACAACCUUCUAUCAACAUUCACAAUUCUAAUAUUCAGAUUAUUGUUAAAACAUAAAAUACAAUUACGAGAAAUGGGAGAACAGGUUAAUAGUAUGUCUACUGCUUUAAAUACAUAAUGAGAAUUGUUCCAUAAUCACGUUGCACCACACCUAAUCCUAAACAUGCUUUAUUUUAGUGUUUUAUUUUAUAUUGCAGAAAAGACAUGGUUUCUAGGCACUAUGUAUGUACAUUUAAGAUGAGCUGCUUUUAAAAUCUACAAAGUAGCAUGCUAAAUAAUCUGAGACAAUUAAAAUAAAUUAUGGUUUCACUGUACUGUUAGAACCAGCUCGGAAAAUUGUGUUUUGUAUCAAUAAAUUAAUUUCCUGUUAAGUAUAUCAUGUGGUAUGUA